GACAUCCAAAGGGACCCUCUCACCCAUAAUUGGCCAAAGAGACAAAAAGAGAAACAGACCCCUCUCCUCACCUAGUAAUUCGGCCAGCACCAAGACAAGGAAAGAGAGGAAGCUCUGCAACUUGAUACUCCAUAUCCAAGAGAGCACAAGAAAGCAAGGAGCUCAAGGAAGAAGAAGAAGUUGUGAAAGUAGAGAAACACCUUGGGAAUAAAGGCAAUUGUAUAAGGUGAUUCAAGAGCUUUCACGAAGUUGAAAGAGUCGCCGGAGUUAUCGCCGGAGUUCGUCAAAGUUCGCCGGAGUUUCGCCGGAGUUCAACCGAGAAGGGUAGAACUUUAUAGCGCUAAUUCGAGGUUGAAGCUCAAGUUUGUUAUUCUCACCUUGCUCGGUGAAGUGAUCUAAAGGGAGACGUGGUUCGUGCUUCCUUUACCGUUUUUUAAAACUAUAAACUAUGAUCAUGGAUAAUUUGUAAUAAAUACAUUUGUAUUGGGCCUGCGAGCUCACGUUUUGGCCAUGUGUGGCCCAUCAUUGAAUAUUGAAUACUUCCGCGAUUCGUUCAAUCCAAAUAUGUGAUGUUGUUAUUUAUGUUUAGUUACUGAGUAUGGUAUGGACUAUGUUCAUGGACGCCUUGUAUGAUUAAGUCACGUUGACUUGCGAGUGACGUCGUUUAGUCAUACAGCGGUUGCACACGCGCUUAGAUGCGGUUUGGGGCGUGACACAAAUCCCUUCUCCUACCACACCCCAACCCCCUUCCCCUGCCCUGUCGUUCCAACCAUAGAUCACUAGCCCAAUCCCCGCCCAAGCACAGCCCCAACACCGCCCUAGACCCACGCCAUCCCCUGCCUCCUCCAUCGUGGCCCCAGCCCUGUAUCAGACCCUAGGCCCAUAAUGUGUCGGUUCCAUCCCCAAUCGUCAUUGACCAAAGAAAUGAAAGAAGAAGAAGAAGACAAGUGUGGGGAUGUCGUUGAAUUGAAGAUGCCUAUAGCUUGGGUGGCAUUGGAGAUGUCGUUGAAUUGGAGGGCAGCGGCAAUAUAGCCGCCUUGGGCGGCGACGACAAUGCCUUUAUCUUGGGUGGCGGCGGUGGAUUUGAUCUGCAACGACGAAAGAGGCGGAAGAGGAGAAAUAUGAUUAUAGGAUUUUGUUUUAUAUUUAUAAUAACAGGGCUAGUUUUGUCUGUUUAAACAUAAUCAACCUCUUUUUUGCAAAAAUUUUAAAGAACCAUAUAUGACUUUUGUAUGGAGUCAUAUAUCCUAUGUGGGCAUCAUCAUCACUGCAUAUUUUUUAGUGAGGGUUCCCACUAAAAAUGUGUAGUGAUGGUGAUGCUCACAUAGCAUAUGUGACUUCAUGCAUGUGUCACAUAUGACUCCCUUAUUUUUGAAUUACUAUUUUUGUCAUAUUCUUUCCAUCUAUCUUUCCUCCUUACAAGUUACAACUCUACAACAACAACAACAACAAUAACACUCAAUCCUUAAUCCCAAAACAACUCUCCUAAACCAAAAAAUUUGGCUUUUCCGAUCCAUCCCAAUAAUAAAAAAUAUUGUUAUUUAAUUUAGUUGGAGGGUAAGAUCCAACAUAUCGAUUCUCAAUUAUUUAGGAGAAGACACAUUUGAUUCUUCAAAUAUGUACAUAUAUACAUAUAUAUCCUUUAAAGACUUUUAUUAUUAAUUAAUGAUAACGAUAGUAUGUAUGUUUUCAAUUAAUUAUGUCAUUUUGCGUAGACAUUCAGAGUAGCAAAUAUUUAAAUUGGCCGUUAAUGCGAGCUUGACUCCUCCACGGUCGUCUCCUAGGCACGUCCUAGGGUUUUUUCGGCGGUGGCCUAUCCAGGCCGUGGAUUCGGCAGAUCUCUCCCCGGUAGGCAACUUAUCUCAUAUAUCUUCUUAGGGUAUUGAGUUUUGUUGUCAUCGCGGGGUUUGUUUGGUUCGUUUUUGUUUUCUUUCUGACUUGCAAUUGCGGUGAAUCUGGAUUCUGUCUGGACGAAGCUUUUGGUUUUUCUGCUUUACAAGAGCAGCGAACAAGCGAGGAAGCUUUCAGGGGGGUUCGAGACUUCUGAUUUUGGCAGGGGACGGGUUUAGCAAGGGGAAGAUGGGGCGCUGCAGAAUGUUGAAGACGAAGCCGAGCUGUUAUACUUCGGCAGUUUGGGAACGAGCUUUGACGAAACAGAUGGCUAUUGGUGAUAGCAUGGAGUUUCUGGUGGUCGACAUCAUGCUGUCGGACUGGAAAAUCAAAUUUCAGGGGUUCAUUGGUGGCCUAUGUGUGAAAGAAGAUGAAGGGAUGUUGAUCCGCCCACCUCCAGAACCGCCGCCUUGGAGGAAUUCUGCGACUAGGGUUUGGACGAGUAUUUCUAUUUCUGCUGAGUCGAUUGUGUUUUGUUUUUAUUUUAUUUCGAUUAUGUUUUGUUGCUUAUUUAGUUUAUGUUGUAAGACUUUUGCACUUGGAUUGGGGGAUGAGAGGUCUGCUGUAAUCGUCGUGGUUUUGAAUAUGCCCAAUUUUGGAUUAACGAGUUAUAUUGCUUUGUCAAAGGUGAUUAACUCAAAGUCUCGUCCACGGGCGGAUGGUUACUGUGGUCCUUUUGUUAUUUCAACCCCUUUCUGAGUACUUUUUAUGAAUGAAUGCAUGUUCGAUGAUAAAAAAAAUAGUUGGAGGG